CACGAACGGGAAAACAAACUCGUCGCUUCACCAUCGUUUUGUUGAAGCUUUUCUCCAUCCAUUUUUGUCGGCUAUUCCCGCUUCGCCAACCAGUUGUGCCAGUGCCACGGCGCUGACAAAACCUUCUUGAAAUUACGAUUCUAAUUAUGGAAAGGAACUUAAUCAACAGCCGGAGUUCCCCUUCCACCUCCUCCGCCGGCGCUGGUUCCCGUCACGCCGCGUCUGCGAGAUCCGCCGCUUCGCCUCUCCAACCUAACUACAGUAGCCUGGCGGUUCAAAAAGCAUUGGAACAUCUGGCAUCAAUUGAUUUAAUUGAGCUGUGCAGUGAAGCAAAAGUCGAGCGCUGUCGGGCGACCAGAGAUUUGAGGAGUUGUGGCCGUUAUGUGCAGCAUGUCUUGGUGUCAUGUGGGCAUGCUUCCUUAUGCAAAGAGUGUAGUCAAAGAUGCGACUCCUGCCCAAUUUGCAGAAUUCCGAUCCCAAAGAAUGACUGUAGACUUCGUCCUCGACUUUACUGCGAGUGCAUAGAGGCCGGUCUCAUCUCCAAAAGAUGCGAUGAGAGAUUCCAAGAGAAAGAAGAGGGCGACGAUCAAUUGACUGCAGAUGUGCUGCGCCUCUAUGCUUUGUUUGAUGUUGCUAUGGAGAACAACUUGGUCUCAUUGAUUUGCCACUAUGUUACUGAUGUUUGCAUGGAUGAGACUGCUGUGUCGAGUGAUCCAGUCAUUGCUUUCUUGUUGGAUGAAGUAGUUGUGAAGGACUGGUGCAAAAGAACAUUUCGGAAUAUCAUUGAAGAGCUUCUUCCAAUAUAUGAUUCUGGGGAAGAAGACAUGGGUGAAAAGAUAGUUUUGCUUCUCAAGCUUUCAUCCAACCUGGGUGGGAUAUCCAAUGUGCUAGAAGUUCUGGAUUCAUCAUUUCAAGGAAGCUCUUCAGCCCAGCUCAAUGACUUGCAGUUUCUGCACGAAAGUGUCUCAAAAGCAAAGCAGCAUGCUGACAUUAUGGCCUGGUGUAUACGGAAUGAAUUUCUGGAAAAUGUAAGGGCUCGAUAUGGAAAUUUAGCCUCAUGGCGCUCUGUUGCAAGGGAAAGGAAGGCUGCUGCAAUAAAGCGUUCAUGGCCUGACGUGGUGAAUCAUUCUGCUGAGUCGAGUGUGAAGGCAGGUUCUCUCUUCAUUGAAGAUGCUUUAUCAAAUAUUGAGAUUCAUCAAGGUCAUCCACAGCACAUGGAAGAAGAACUGGGACUUGCAUCUUUGCAGAAGGAUAGAGAUUCACUUUUCAGGUCUAAACUAGAGGGACUGGCAGUAUGCUAUCCUUUUGAAAGCCUCCGUGCUGCUGUUGACAUGCUCUUCUUAACCGGAAGUUCUGACAUGGUGGUUGCGAAGGAGGCGAUUUUUCUUUACUACAUUUUCGACAGGCAUUGGACAACACCGGAUGACAAUUGGAGAAGUAUCAUAGAUGACUUUGCAGCUACAUUUGGAAUAACCAGACAUUCCUUGAUAGAAUCAUUAACUUUUUAUCUUCUAGACGAUGAUACUGAUGAAGCUCUAAAGGAAGCUUGUAACCUUCUUCCUGAGAUCUGUGGUCCAUCAACUCAUCCCAAAAUUGCCCAAGUAUUGCUGGAACGAGGAGUUCCUGAAACAGCUUUAAUGGUGCUUCGGUGGUCUGGGCAUGAUGGAUCAGAAAUCGUGUCACUUAGUGAGGCUGUUACUGCUGUCAGGGUCAGGGUGGAAUGUGGACUUCUGACUGAAGCCUUCAUGUAUCAGAGAAUGCUAUGUGCCAAAGUUAGGGAGAAGAACUCAAAGAGAGGACCACCAAAGGAUAGUCCUAAUCAUUUAGAAGCCAAAACCAACAGAUGGGGUGACUGGCUGGAGACUUUGGUAACCGAAAUUUGUUGUCUCUGCAUAAAAAGGAAUUUGGUGGAUCGGAUGAUUGAACUGCCAUGGAAUUCGGAUGAAGAGAAGUAUUUGAGUAAGUGUCUUCUUGAUUGUGCCAUCCAUGACCCUUCAACGACUACUGGAAAUCUUCUUGUAGUGUACUAUCUUCAGCGAUAUCGUUACACUGAGGCAUAUGAAAUUGAUACGAAGCUUCAGAAUGCGGAGCAGGAUUUUCUCUCGAUGAAUUCUAUUGAUGAAAGAGUUCUUUCGAGAAUGAGAUCAGCAAGUCACUGGAGGGCCACACUUGUUGGAAAAUCUAUGCAGCUGCUGCCCCCGAUUCAACAGCAACUGGUUAAGGAUGGUCUUCAUAGAAUCAGUGGCUCUAGUAAUGGUGAAGAGAUCAAUUUACCAGUAAAUUCCAACACUCCAGUAGAAGAAAACCCAACUAAUUCAAGGAGUAUUGUGGUUCCGUCAAAUACACAGUCUUCUAGUUCGAUUGUUCUGCCAUCAGAAAAGCCUAAUCAUCCAUUCAAGUCAUCUCUUCAAACUCCGACAGCACUAGGUGGAUCGACAACUGUCAAUCUCUGGUUUGAUCAAGGCAAUUAUGGCACUCCUGUGGGGUUGAAGAAUCACCACCAAGGCAGUAGCCUCAGCAGGAACCUGAAAUUUGACGAUGUCUCAACUCCUGCAAUAGAGUCGAACAGAUCUUCAAACAGACACCUGCAUCACUACUAUCAACACGAUAGUUACCCCGAAAUGGAAACAAAUGGAUUUCUCAACCAAUCAAGCGAGACUCCUCUCUUCUCUGCUGCGAAUCAGAAAUUGGGGUCGAGCAAGAAGCAUGGUUUCGAUGCGACGUCCGGAACUGAUCCCAUGGAUGUUGCUAUGAGUGGUGGCGUGAAGGCUUCUUUGAUCGAUGAGAAGAGUUUAAAUGGCGGGCCGAGAUGGAGGUCAGAUGAAACCAGCGAUGAAGACGGCGAAGAAGAGAGUCCCGGUAUAGCUGCCGCUACUGGUUUCACAGUCUCUCGGAGGAGUAGUAGGAGAGUUAGGAUUGGCAGGCGAUGAUGAACAAGAUCCUCAAUGCCGGCGGUGCUAGUCUUUUUUUACCAAAGACCAAUACAAAACCAAACCAAACCAGUAUUGUUCAUAUUUUGUUCGGCGGCGAAAUGGGAAAAAUUUGAAUUAGAUUUUGGUUUGGAUUCCAUCCCUUCUCCUCGUCUCAAUUUUGUAUGUUGUAGCUUCUUCAAAUACAUCCUCCCAGUGUUAUAUCAUCCGAUAUUGAUAGAACUCGGAGAAUUAGGUUCUAUCUAGGGAUUGUGAUUGGUGAAAGAUCAACUAAGUUGAUCUCGGGAUGAACAGAAGAUGAGGAAAGAGGAUUUGGGUUGGGCGAAUGGAAGGAGGGAAGAGGGAGGCUGUCCGCGCGAUUGGCCUUGGGGAAGAGGAAGGGGAAUCUCGAUAGAGGGGAAAAGGGAGAGAGAGUUGACAAUUAGGAUUUAGGUUUAUGCUUGUUUAGGGAUCUAAUCCCACGUACAAGUAGUUUAUAUAAAAAGGGAUAAUUCCCUACUGCUAUCCGACUUAUAAAAUAUUCCCCAAUUUCCGAAAUAGUCCCAAUAAUCUGAAAUAGCGAUAAACCGACAAUUAAUUAAAGUACUAAAAUGCAAGUUUCUAUCAUAUAUCCAUAAAUAACUCUUGACAGCUGAAAUCUUUAGAUUUCAGCAUGGUAAAGGAAACCGGAUCGUACCGGCCGGUUGAACCGGUAAAACCGGAAACCGGAGCACGGACGACACGGUAGGCUGUUUGUAGGCAGAAUAUCUUCCCUUUCCUUUGGCUGAAAAUCGAGUUUUAAACAGAAAUUCCCGAUCACGCGGCCAGGCCACACGGCCGUGUGGCUUUCCCAGUUGCCCGUGUGAAGGCUGGGUGAUUUCCACACGGCCACGACCCACACGGCCGUGUGGAGUUCCAAGAUGCCCGUGUGGCUUGCUCAGCCUCUGUUUAAUGCUUCGUUUCUCCCUCGUCCGGACUCCGAAUCAAUCCCCGUUUGAUCCCAGACGCUCGUAGUCUCGUCCUCUUUCUUUUCAUGACAAGCUUGCAUGAUUAAUUAUCCAUAAAGUGAGGUAGAAAUCCAUUCUUCUUCAGGUCAUGCCCGAGUUUCUACUCCUGAAUCGUCAAUUGAUCUCUGAUUGAUUUGAAACUUGCGCCUAUGCUUCACUUUAUGUGCUAGGACCUGAAAUGUGACAAAGGAACACAACCUAGCAUAAAAUAGGACAAAGACG